GGAGGGUCUUUGCUCCGAGAUCCUCGCCUCCUCCGGCUCUACCUUCACCUCCACAGAGGAACCUGGACCCUGAUUCCUCCGUCUGGUGGAAGUGCCCCUGUCACAGCGUUAGUGUGUCAUCCGGUUGGGAAGUGGAGGAGGACUGAGCCUGGACGAGAGCAAGCUUCCAGCAGCAAUUGCAGAGUUUUAUCAAUGCAGAGACACAGACGGCUCUGUUGGCUGUAUAUGGACGAAGCUGCGGCCUUAUGAAGCCGAGAGAGACUCCUCUGCAUUAAGGCAGCUCUCAGUCCCAGCCUGUGCGGUUGACCGCCCCUUCAGGUUGGGCCAUGAAUAAACAACCGAGCAAAGAGAGUCUCAAGGACAAGGUGAAGGGGAUCUUUGGGCUGGGAACCCCGCGGCCGCUCAGCAAACAGAGUGACGCCCGACCGUCAGAGUUCAUCAUCACGACGGACAUCAUCAAGGAGCUCCAACCAGACUGCGGUCUGAGCACCCGCGUCCGCAUGAUGAACCAUGUCUGUGAGCUCGCCAAAACAAAGAAAUUUGAGGAUCAUGCUGUGGAGGCUGUAUGGAAAGCCGUGGAGGACAUGCUGACUCCAGAGCAGCCACUGGAGGCCAGACAUGCGGUCCUGCAGCUGCUGAGGGCCAUUAUACAGGGACAGGGCGAGCGGCUCGGCCCUCUGAGAGCAUUCUUUUUCAACGUGAUCAGAGACUACCAACCAUCCAACGAGGACCUCUCUGAUAGGCUGGAAGUCUUCAAGGCCUUAACCGAGAACGGGAAAGACAUCACUUAUCUGGAAGAAGAUAUAGCACGCUUUGUCCUCCUGUGGAUGGACAUAGGUCUUACCUCCGAUUUUCUCCAUGUUCUUGUAAAUCUGGUGAAGUUCAACAGCUGCUACCUGGACCAAAACGUCUCCGUCAUGGUCCAGAAAAUCUGCCUCCUGUGCAAUAGAACUACAUCUUCAACAGAUAUUGAGGUGGCACUACAAGUAUUGGAUGCAGUGGUGUGUUACAACUGCCUGCCCUCAGACUCUCUCACUGUCUUCAUCAUCACACUGUGUCGCACUGUCAACGUCAAGGAGUUCUGUGAAUCCUGCUGGAAGUUGAUGAGGAAGGUGUUGGGGACUCACCUCGGCCACAGUGCAAUCUACACCAUGUGCCGGAUAAUGGAGGAGAGAGUGUACAUGGAGGACGCCCCGUUGUUGAGAGGAGCCGUGUUCUUUGUUGGGAUGGCACUGUGGGGCGCACACAGACUCCCCGCCCUGAAAAACACACCUACACUCGUUCUGCCAUCUUUCUACAAGGCCAUGUCGAGUGCCAAUGAGGUGGUGUCCUAUGAAAUCGUCCUCUCCAUCACCAGACUGAUCAAGAAGUACGGCAAAGAGCUGCAGGUGGUCACAUGGGACAUCCUGCUGGGCAUCAUAGAGCGGCUGCUGCAGCAGAUCCAGACAAUAGGCAGUGCGGAGUUGAAGGCCAUUGUGUACGAGCUGCUGACCACAGUGGAGGAGCUGUACGAGCAGAACGGUUACCACGGCUCCACAGAGAAGUUCUUCAGUCUGGUGGAGAAAUGUGCCGACAAGAGACCUGAUGCAUCAGUGCUGACCCUCAUCUCGUACAGAGCCCAGUCUAUUCAACCAGCCAAGGACGGCUGGAUUCAGAGCCUUCACCGCCUCAUGGAGAAAUUCUUCAGAAACGAGACUCGCAGCGUGAUAAGGAUCAAAGUACUUCAUAUCCUGUCCUUCGUUCUCAGUACCAACCGACAGCUUUACGAGGACGAGUUGAUUGAGAUGGUGGUGAUCCCCCAGCUCAGUGGGAUAGCUGAAGACCGUGACCUUGCUGUUCGAAAACAGGCCACCCAGCUGCUGGUGGACCUGGCAGAGGGCUGCAACACACACCACUUCAAUAGCCUGCUGGACAUCAUUGAGAAGGUGGCCAGCCGCUCUCUGGUGAGUUCAGGGCCCCUGGAGGUCACUGAGAGAGACCCCACAGGAGAGUCUCCUAUGGAGGACGUUAGGACGGCUAUACUGGGCCUGCUGGAAAUCCUGCAGAGCAAGCUCUACAGCCUACCAGCCGGUCACGCCAGUCGUGUGUAUGAGCUGCUAAUCAGCCACCUGCAGCUCCACUACAAGAACAAAUACUGCUCAGCUAUCGCUUGCAGCAUCAGACUGCAGGUGUUUGACUUCUUCCUGAUGAUGCGAGUGGACUCUCUUCACCGCCUUGGUGUCCCCAACAAAGACGGGGUCCUGAGGUUUAGCCCUUACUGCUACUGUGACACAGGGAUUUUAAAUGGUGGUUUCAGGGAGCCAGAGAAGCGUGUCAGUGAGAAGAAGCCUGCAGGUUCAACAUCUCCUCCUGCUGGCAGCCCUGCCCCCCUCACUGCUCCUUCAACAGCCUCCAUCCGCUCGGCCUACCUGCCCUACGCACCAGCCUUCAAUGUCCUCCUGCAGGGCCUGAAGAUGGAGACCGAUUGGAAGGUGCUGAAGCUGGUUCUGGACAAGCUGCCGUGGACGCUGCAGUACAAAGUGCUGCUGCUCACAUCCCCAUGCAGCUUGGACCAGCUGUGCUCCACACUCUGCUGCAUGGUGACAGAUCGGCUGAUCUCGGAGCGUUUGAAGAAGACCCCAGACGGGUUUUCUCGCACUGACGUUCAGCUGGCGGUGGUUCCUGUUCUCACAGCCAUCACCUCCUACCAUAACUACCUGGAGCAGGCAAGACAGAGAGAACUGGUUCAGUGCCUCGAGACCGGCCUCAUCUACCGCUGUGCCAAGCAGUGUGUGGUGGCGCUUACAAUGUGCACGGUGGAGAUGCCUGACAUCAUGAUCAAGCUCCUCCCCGCUCUUAUCGUCAAGCUCACCCACAUCUCUGCCACUGUUGCCAUGGCAUCACCUAUGCUCGAGUUCCUCUCCACUCUGGUGCGCCUCCCACAUCUGUACGCCAACUUUGUAGCUGAGCAGUAUGUCAGCGUGUUUGCCAUCUCUCUACCCUACACUAACCCUUCCAAGUUCAACCAGUACAUCGUAUCCCUGGCCCACCAUGUGAUCGCCAUGUGGUUCAUACGCUGCAGACUCCCCUUCCGCAAAGACUUUGUUCAGUACAUCACAAAGGGUCUGCGCUCCAACGCCCUGCUGCCGUUCGAUGACGGUCACGAGCAGAGUGCGUUUCGUGCCCGAAGCACCAGCCUCAACGAGCGGCCCAAGAGUAUGCGGGCGGCGAAAGUGGCGAAGGCAGCGGCGGCGGUAGCCAAUAGCAGCAGCUCUCCAGUUAAAGAGCUGAGGGACCUUUCGGCCAUGGACGCUUUCCGCUCCCGCAGCAUCAGUGUCUCGGAACACGCGGUUCGCAGGAUGCACACCUCCACCACCACCUGCUCUCUGGGCUCCGCUGAUGAAAACGCGGUGACUCCGGCGGACGAGGGUCUGAAGACUGUCCACCUGGAGCUCACUGAGACCUGUCUGGACAUGAUGGCACGAUAUGUCUUUUCCAACUUCUCCGCCCUGCCCAAAAGGUCUCCCAUUGCAGAGUUCCUUUUAACGGGGGGUCGCAGUAUGACCUGGCUGGUGGGCAACAAGCUGGUGACCAUAACAACCAGCGGAGGGGUCAGAGCGCAGGCGCUGCUGGGCCUGGACAUGGCCGAGCGGCUGGGAGGAGGAGGGGAGAUGACCAGGUCAGACCCAUCCCUCCACACCCGAAUCACCAAAGAGGCUCCGGCCAAACUGGAGUCACAGUCGAGUCAGCAGCACAACAGAGCCACGCGCAUACGGGUCCGCUCCAUGUCAGGGGGCCAUGCUCUCCGUGCCGGUCCUGCUCAGAGCCUCAGUCCUCUGGUGUCCCCCUCUGAGGGCGAGCUAGCUGCUCCGCUCUCCCCCCCCUCUGUCUCCACCCUGGAUGGUCUGGGCCCCCCCCCCUCCUCCUCCUCCUCCUCUGCGGCCCCCUCUGCCCCCCCGCCUCUCAGAGACAACCCCAGCCUGGCUGAGUUCAUCCCCAUGCUCACUCAGGGCUGGGCAGAGAUCUUCAUACGGAGGCCGUCAGGCAACACGAGCUGGCUGAUGUGUCUGGAGAACCCUCCCAGUCCCUUCUCCUCGGAGCUGGGCAACAUGCCUCUGCAGGAGCUCUCCACCGUCCUCAUGGGGAUGGAGGGGGUGAAGGAGCCCCCGGCCCAGACCGCCAGCGCCCCCGCCAGCACCGCGGCCCCCGCCCCCGAGCUGCCGACACACAGCAGCGUCGGAGGGAAGCCCAACCUGAUCCAGCGCUCCAACACCGUGGGCGGCUCUCUCUGGUCUCUGGGUUCGGGCUCCGGCCCCCCAGGCCCCCCGGCCCCCGGCAGGUUGCACAGGAGCAUUUCCUGGGCAGACUCUGUAGUGGUGCUGGAGGAGGGGUCAGGGGUCACCGCAGCACAAACUCCUGAUUGGCUCGAGAGUGAAGAGUUUGAGCCAAUGCCGUCUGAUCCCAUCUUCAUGUCUGCAGACAAGUUCACCAAGACCCCCCCCCCUGGAACGCUCAGCAGGUCCUCCUCAACCUCCAGUCAAGAUGAUGAGAAGUCCACACUGGAGGAAGUAAGUGAGGGAGCGAUUCCAAUCGAUCAGCCCACUAUGGGACCCUCCACCCCGGGCAGCCAGGGGCCUGAACUCCCCUUCCAGAGCCACUCUCCGUCCCAGGGCCACGGCCUCAACAAGUCCAGCUCCUCCCCGGAGCUCCAGACCCUACCGGAGGCCUUCUCCAAGGCAGCUCUGGAGUCUCAGGCUGCGCUAGUAGAACCAUCGGCCCCCAAAGCCCCCGCAGACAGCAAGCCCCCGCCCCAGCAGCUGCAGUCUGAGAAGGAGAAGGUGGAGGGGGGCACAGGAGGGGACACUAAUGGACUCGGAAGUCAGAGUCAAGGCAGUGACAGCCCUGUAGUGUCUUCUCUAGGUGGGGGAGCGAGGAUGAGGUUGGAGUUUCCGGCCCCAGCGGCACCAUCCGGACCCAUCUCCCCCGGCGGAGGCCACCGACCCCGGGGCCACACCAUCUCAGUGUCAGCCCCCUCCUCCAGGAGGGAGAGGAGGACGGAGAGAGACUCGUACACCAGCCGGCCCGGACCCAGCACCACAGAGAAGAUCUCUGGACUCAGCCCGAGCUUCGUCUUCCUCCAGCUCUACCACUCUCCUUUCUUCGGGAACGAAGCCAACAAGCCUCUGCUGCUGCCCAAAACUCAGGUGAUCGACCGCGCCGUGAAGGUCCUGGACCAGAUGCCUCCGUACGACACCCACAAGAUCGGGGUGGUGUUCGUCGGGGCCGGUCAGGUCAACAACGAGGUCGCCAUCCUGUCCAACGAGUACGGGUCCAACCGCUACGCUGCCUUCCUCACAGGCCUGGGCAAACUAAUCCAUCUGAAGGACUGCGACCCCGACCAGAUCUUCCUCGGAGGGCUGGACCAGUACGGAGACGACGGAGAGUUCACCUACUGUUGGCAUGACGACAUCAUGCAGGCCAUCUUCCACAUUGCCACUCUGAUGCCCAACAAGGAGAGCGACAAGGGCUGCUGCAACAAAAAGAGACACAUUGGCAACGACUUUGUCAUGGUGGUGUACAACGACUCUGGAGAGGAGUACAAGCUGGGCACCAUUAAGGGUCAGUUUAAUUUUGUAGAAGUCAUCAUUAAACCGCUGGAUUAUGACUGUAACCUGGUGACCCUCCAGUGCCGCAAGGACCUGGAGGGACUAGUUGACACAACGGUGGCAAAAAUCGUUUCAGACCGCAACCUCCCUCUCUUAGUCCGACAGAUGGCUCUGCAUGCAAAUAUGGCCUCUCUGGUGCAUCAGUUCAGAGCCAACCCAUCUGAUGCCUACGCUUCCAAGUGGCUGGCGAGGUUGCGGCACAUUAAAAGGAUCCGGACCAGGGCCCAGGAGGACAUCCAGUCUCGUGCAACUCCCGGCAUCUCACUGACCCAGGGUCACACGCAACAAAACAAGUCCUUUCAGCAGAGCAGUCAGAACACGGAAGUUUCCGGCCAGAGGAAAAGACUUGUCUCGACUGUGGACGAUUUUACGGACUUUGUUUGAAUGGGUUUCUUGGCCUGGUAGAAACACACACACACACACCUGCCUUAGAGCUGAGGUCGGUUUACUUUCAGUUCUGAGUGGAAGAAUUCAAGAUGACACGCUGAUUUCAACUUUCCCAGUUUGUAUCGGCAAGAGCUUCACGGUACCAUAAAAGCUUAUUUUGUGAUGAAGUAUUGAUAUGUGAAGACAUUUCUGCAUAUUUUUCGAAAAAUGCUAACGCUUUGCACUUUUAAAGUCUAAUCAUAAUGUUUCCGAUGUGCAACAUGAGAUGAGUAAAAGCUGUACAGAACACUACGUUCGAGAGCAGGAUGUGUUUGUGAGUAAAAAUAUGUGGAAUAAAAAAGUGGAGAUUA